UGUGGGUCAGAUCUUCUGUUCAACUUCAGGUCGUCUCGUGGAAUCUUCUUCUUCUUCUUCUGUGGUCAUGGCGGACGGGCUGAUGUCGGAGUUCGGAAAAGCGGCUCCGUUCCUUCGUAAGUCGGAGCGCGAGCGUCUGGAGGCGCAGACUCGUCCCUUCGACAUAAAGACCGAGUGUUUCGUGGUGGACGAUAAAGUGGAGUACGUGAAGGCGACCAUCAAGAGCCGGGAGGCGGGGACGGUCACCGUGACGACGGAGACGGGCGACACUCGGACCGUGAAGGACACGCAGGUCCAUCCUCAGAACCCGCCCAAGUUCGAUAAGAUCGAGGACAUGGCCAUGUUCACGUUCCUCCACGAACCGGCCGUCCUCUUUAACCUGAAGGAGCGUUACGCCGCCUGGAUGAUCUACACCUACUCCGGCCUCUUCUGCGUCACCGUCAACCCGUACAAAUGGCUGCCGGUGUACGACGCCGAGGUGGUGGCGGCGUAUCGCGGCAAGAAGCGCAGCGAAGCCCCGCCCCACAUCUUCUCCAUCUCCGAUAACGCGUACCAGUACAUGCUGACGGACCGCGAGAACCAGUCCGUGCUCAUCACCGGAGAAUCCGGCGCCGGAAAAACCGUCAACACCAAACGCGUCAUCCAAUACUUCGCCAGCAUCGCCGCAGUGGGCGGAGCCAGCAAGAAGGACCAGAACAAGGGCACCUUGGAGGAUCAAAUCAUCCAGGCCAACCCCGCCCUCGAGGCCUUCGGGAACGCCAAAACCGUACGAAACGACAACUCCUCUCGCUUCGGAAAGUUCAUCCGGAUCCACUUCGGCACCAGCGGAAAACUGUCGUCCGCCGACAUCGAGACGUACCUCCUGGAGAAGUCCAGAGUCACGUUCCAGCUCAAAGCCGAGAGGAACUACCACAUCUUCUACCAGAUUAUGUCCAACCAGAAGCCCGAGCUCCUGGAGCAGCUGCUCAUCACCACAAACCCGUACGAUUACUCGUACACGUCUCAGGGGGAGGUCACCGUCGCCUCCAUCAACGACGCCGACGAGCUCAUGGCCACGGACAGCGCCUUCGACGUCCUGGGCUUCACCGCCGAGGAGAAGGCGACGGUCUACAAACUGACCGGCGCCAUCAUGCACUACGGCAACAUGAAGUUCAAACAGAAGCAGCGCGAGGAGCAGGCGGAGCCCGACGGCACAGAGUCCGCCGAUAAGUCCGCCUUCCUCAUGGGGCUGAACUCGGCCGACCUGAUCAAAGGCUUGUGCCACCCGCGGGUCAAAGUGGGAAACGAGUACGUGACCAAAGGUCAGAGCGUGGACCAGGUCUACUACUCCAUCGGGGCGCUCGCCAAGUCCGUCUACGAGAAGAUGUUCAACUGGAUGGUGGUGCGCAUCAACCACAGCCUGGACACCAAGCAGCACCGCCAGUACUUCAUCGGGGUGCUGGACAUCGCCGGCUUCGAGAUCUUCGACUUCAACACCUUCGAGCAGCUCUGCAUCAACUACACCAACGAGAAGCUCCAGCAGUUCUUCAACCACCACAUGUUUGUGCUGGAGCAGGAGGAGUACAAGAAGGAGGGCAUCGACUGGGAGUUCAUCGACUUCGGCAUGGACCUGCAGGCCUGCAUCGACCUGAUCGAGAAGCCGCUGGGGAUCCUGUCCAUCCUGGAGGAGGAGUGCAUGUUCCCCAAGGCCAGCGACCAGACCUUCAAGGCCAAACUGUACGACAACCACCUGGGCAAGAACAAGAUGUUUGAGAAGCCGCGCGCUGCCAAAGGCAAAGCCGAGGCGCACUUUGCCCUGGUGCACUACGCCGGCACCGUCGAUUACAACAUCACCAACUGGCUGGUGAAGAACAAAGACCCUCUGAACGAGACGGUGGUGGGUCUGUACCAGAAGUCUUCUCUGAAGCUGCUCAGUCUGCUCUUCUCAAACUACGCCGGCUCCGAGGGCGGAGACAAGGGCGGGAAAGGCACCAAAAAGAAGGGCUCCUCGUUCCAAACGGUGUCGGCGCUUCACCGAGAAAACCUGAACAAGCUCAUGAAUAACCUGAAGACCACACACCCGCACUUCGUCCGCUGCCUCAUCCCCAACGAGUCCAAGACUCCGGGCAUCAUGGACAACUGCCUGGUGCUGCACCAGCUGCGCUGUAACGGCGUCCUGGAGGGAAUCCGGAUCUGCAGGAAGGGAUUCCCCAACCGCGUCCUGUACGGCGACUUCAAGCAGCGAUAUCGCAUCCUGAACGCCGCCGCCAUCCCUGAGGGGACCUUCAUGGACUGUAAGAAGAGCGCCGAGAAGCUGCUGGGCUCCCUGGACAUCGACCACACGCAGUACAAGUUUGGACACACCAAGGUGUUCUUCAAGGCGGGCCUCCUGGGGACUCUGGAGGAGAUGAGAGACGAGCAGCUGUCUCGCAUCAUCACGCGUCUCCAGGCCAACGCUCGCGCUCUCCUCAUGAGGGAACUUUUCGCCCGGAUGGUCGAGCGCAGAGACGCACUGAUGGUCAUCCAGUGGAACCUGCGCUCCUUCCUCGGAGUGAAGAACUGGCCCUGGAUGAAACUCUUCUUCAAGAUCAAGCCUCUGCUGAAGAGCGCCGAGGCGGAGAAGGAGAUGGCCAACAUCAAGGACGAGUUCAAACGCGUGAAGGAAGCUCUGGAGAAAUCUGAGGCGCGACGCAAAGAGCUGGAGGAGAAGAUGGUGGGUCUGAUCCAGGAGAAGAACGACCUGACUCUGCAGAUCCAGUCCGAGCAGGACACGCUCUCGGACGCGGAGGAACGCUGCGAGCAGCUCAUCAAGAGCAAGAUCCAACUGGAGUCCAAACUGAAGGAGCUGAACGAGCGUCUGGAGGACGAGGAGGAGGUGAACGCCGACCUCACCUCCAAGAAACGCAAACUGGAAGACGAGUGCGCUGAGCUGAAGAGGGACAUCGACGACCUGGAGCUCACACUCGCCAAAGUGGAGAAAGAGAAACACGCCACGGAGAACAAAGUGAAGAACCUGACGGAGGAGAUGGCCGCUCAGGACGAGAACAUCCUCAAACUCACCAGAGAAAAGAAAGCUCUGCAGGAGGCGCAGCAGCAAACUCUGGACGACCUGCAGAGUGAAGAAGACAAAUGCAACGCCCUGAACAAAGCCAAGCUGAAGCUGGAGCAGCAGGUGGACGACCUGGAGGGAGCUCUGGAGCAGGAGAAGAAGGUCCGCAUGGAGGUGGAGAGGAGCCGACGGAAACUGGAGGGAGACCUGAAGCUCCUGCAGGAGAACCUCAUGGACCUGGAGAACGAGAAGCAGCAGCUCGAGGAGAAGAACAAGAAGAAAGAGUUUGAGCUGAACCAGAUGAGCGACCGACUGGAGCAAGAACAAGCGGCAGGAACCCAACUCAGCAAGAGGCUCAAGGAGAGCCAGGCUCGUCUGGAGGAGCUGGAGGAAGAGCUGGAGGCAGAACGUUCGUCUCGGGCCAAAGUGGAGAAGCAGCGUUCGGACCUGAGCCGCGAGCUGGAGGAUCUGAGCGAGCGUCUGGAGCAGGCGGGCGGAGCCACCAGCGCCCAACUCGAGAUGAACAAGAGACGAGACGCCGAGUUCCAGAAGCUCCGACGAGAACUGGAGGAGGUCACGCUCCAGAACGAGUCCACCAGCGCCACCCUCAGGAAGAAGCACGCGGACGCCGUCGCCGAACUCGGGGAACAGAUCGACAACCUGCAGAGAGUGAAGCAGAAGUUGGAGAAGGAGAAGGCGGAGCUGCGUGUGGAGCUGGAGGACGUGAGCUCCAACCUGGAGCUGGUGGUUCGCGCCAAAGCCAACGCGGAGAAAACGGCGCGCGCCAACGAAGACGCCGCCAACGAGCUGCGCAGCCGCCUGGACGAGAGCCAGAGGGCGCUGUCCGACGCCCAGAGCGCCAACGCCAAACUCAGCGCCGAGAACCUGGAGCUCCAGAGAGAACGAGAAGAACGAGAAGUUCUCCUGAGCCAGACCAACCGCGCCAAGAACGCCUACAGCCAGCAGAUGGAGGAGCUCCGGGCGCAGAUGGAGGAGGAGUCAAAGGCGAAGGUUUCUCUGGCUCACGCCGUCCAGUCGGCGCGUCACGACUGCGAGCUCCUGCGGGAGCAGCUGGAGGAGGAGCAGGAGGCGCGAGCUCAACUCCAGAGACUCUUGUCCAAGAGCAACGCCGACGCCCAAACCUGGAGGAACCGAUACGAGACGGAAGGUCUGCAGAGGAGCGAGGAGCUCGAGGAAGCCAAGAAGAAACUCGUCCAGAGGCUCCAGGAGGCUGAAGAGGCUGUUGAGGCCGUCAACUCUAAAUCUUGUUCUUUGGAGAAAACUAAAGUUCGUCUCCAGACGGAGAUCGAGGAUCUGAUGGUCGAUCUGGAACGUUCCAACGCCGCCGCCGCCGCCUUAGACCGGAAACAACGCAACUUCGACAAGGUCUUGAGCGAGUGGAAGCAGAAGUUGGAGGAGGCUCAGUCUGAGCUGGAGGCGUCUCAGAAGGAGUCUCGUUCUCUGAGCACGGAGCUCUUCAAACUGAAGAACUCGUACGAGGAGGCGCUGGACCAGCUGGAGACCAUGAAGAGGGAGAACAAGAACCUUCAGGAGGAGGUGUCGGAGCUGACGGAGCGUCUGGGCGAGGGCGGGCGCAGCGCCCACGAGCUCGACAAACUGAGGAAAGCUCUUCUCCAGGAGAAGCAGGACCUGCAGAACGCGCUGGAGGAGGCCGAGGCCACGCUGGAGCACCAGGAGACCAAGAUCCUCCGCCUGCAGCUGGAGUUCGGACAAACGCGAGCGGAUCUGGAGAGGAAGAUCUCGGAGAAGGACCAGGAGAUGGACCAGGCCAAACGUAACCAGCAGAGGGCGCUGGAGUCCCUGCAGAGCGCCCUGGAGGCCGAGACGCGCAGCCGCAACGAAGCUCUGAGGGUGAAGAAGAAGAUGGAGGCGGAUCUGAACGAGAUGGAGCUUCAGCUGAACCAGGCGACGCGCGGCGCGGCCGAGGCCACGCGGCAGCUCAAGGCCCUGCAGGGGGCGCUGUCCGACACGCAGCUGCUCCUGGACGAGGCCCGACACGAGGCAGAAGGUCAGAAGGAGAACGCCGCGCUGAGCGAGAGGAGGAACGUGCUGCUUCAGGCCGAGCUGGAGGAGCUGCGCGCGGCGCUCGAACAAACCGACCGCUGCCGAAAACUCGCCGAACAAGAACUGAGCGACGCCGCCGAGAGGACGCAGCUCCUGCACGCGCAGAACACCUCCCUCAUCCACCAGAAGAAGAAGGCCGAGGCCGACCUGAGCGCGCUCCAGGGCGAGCUGGAGGACGCCGUCCAGGAGAACAGGAACGCCGAGGACAAAGCCCGAAAAGCCCUGACGGACGCCGCCAUGAUGGCGGAGGAGCUGAAGAAGGAGCAGGACCUGAGCGCCCACCUGGAGAGGAUGAAGAAGAACAUGGAGGCCACCAUCAGAGACCUGCAGCAGCGUCUGGACGAGGCCGAGCAGAGCGCCUCCAAAGGAGGACGAAAGCAACUGCAGCGACUGGAGGCGCGGAUCCGCGACCUGGAGGCGGAGCUGGAGGCGGAGCAGAAGAGGGGGGCGGAGUCUGUGAAGGGAAUCAGGAAGUACGAGCGACGAAUCAAAGAGCUGACGUACCAGAGCGAAGAAGAACGAAAGAACACGACGAGACUGCAGGACCUGGUGGAGAAGCUGCAGCUGAAGCUCAAGUCGUACAAACGUUCUCUGGAGGAGGCGGAGCUUGAGGCGAACAGCAGCGCGGCCAAACAGCGCCACCUGCAGAACGAACUGGAGCAGGCGCAGGAACGAGCCGACGCCGCCGAGACUCAGGUCAACAAACUCAGGUCCAAGACCCGGGACCGCGGCCUGGACCAGGACUAG